CAACAGUCAGUCUAGAGCGAGUCCUCAGCCAGUAUAAAACUGCUUGGUGGCCUCGCAAUCAAGCAGUGCUUGGAGAACUUUCUCGCCUUAAAAUAUAAGUAGUAUAACCACCUUCGAGCAGUUUCUAGUUAGCCGCAAAAAUUUGCACUUGGUUGUAGCGAUUCACGAAACUUCACGUAACUCCUAAAUUGAUUAAAUUAAUUAGACCAGCAUAGAUGGUCCCGUAAGCAGUUCGUCGAUUUAAGCUCAUUUGCAAAGCGAUAACUCGUUGGAUGCAAAUACUUCCUGUGAUAGAAUAAUUUCUUCGUGCCCAUUAGCCUAUUUCACGUGAAACGGUGUGAAGUCUGUUGUUUUGCACCUGCCGGCGUUACAUCUGCAUCUCGAAAACGUGCAUUGUGUGAGUGUCGCGCCCGUCGCAGCAGUCCUACUUUAGAGGUCAUCCACUUUAUGAGUAGCAAUAAUAAUGCCAUUUAUUAGAUAUCCCUGCUAAUAAGCUAACAAAAUAAGAGGAACGCGGCGAAUCAGCACCCAAUUGCAGGCUAACACCCUCGCGUAAAUAACGUUAAAGGUUUCAAUUGGAUUAAGUUUUGAGCUCCUUUAUUUGUUUUCAUUCCGGUGUCGUCUUACCCGUCAUAUCUCGUGUGCAUAUCAAGGUGGCGACAACUUAAACACCAUCUAAGUUUACGGAUAUGAAUUUCACUUUUUAGAGAUAUUUAAACAUUUAUGCAUGCACGUCUACCGAGACCCGAUUGGGUUGGAUUGUGUUUACGAUAAAAAGUUGAAUUGUGUGUGAAGGUGAUUCUUGUCGGUGACAUUGCCGGAGCCUGGGAUUCGAAAGGAGUGUCCGCGAGUGUGAAGUGUAGCAGUUGUUAGUUAGUGACCGUACAGUGGGAAAGACAAACCAAACACAAAAUGUAUAACUUAAGAACAUUGUUACCCAGCAUUGUAGUCUUAUUAACAGCAGUUCCUAUAAUUAAUGGAGAAAAUAACAUAUUCAAAUUUGAUGUGUCGACAAAUGACCUUACAGUCUUGGUGGGGGAAGGUGAGCGGUGGAUAAUCGAUCAAAGUGGAACAUUGCCAAAUGGAUACAAUAUCACUUUUAUAAAGCAGCAUCCAAACCUAGUAGACGUAGUGCCUCCUUCAGUAUUCAUAGAGCCUAAUGAUAAUAAUAACAGUACAAACAGCUAUAAUAUAACCAUAUUUGGUAAGAGUCCUGGCCAUUUAGUGAUAACAUCGCAAUCGCAACCAAAUGAAACCAGCAUAUCCUCAAAUGUUUUCGUUCGCGUAACAGUUGCAAAUUCUAUGGUGAUCUAUUAUAUAUCCUUAGUUUUCGGAUGGGUCUACUUCGUAGCAUGGUCCGUCUCAUUCUAUCCGCAAAUUUAUGAAAAUUUCCGGAGAAAAAGCGUGGUUGGAUUGAAUUUUGAUUUCUUAGCGUUGAAUAUCGUGGGAUUUGCAAUGUACAGCGUGUUUAACGCAGGCUUGUUUUGGAAUAGUGAUAUACAAGCGGAAUAUUUCAACCGAUAUCCACGCGGAUUGAAUCCAGUAUUGAUAAAUGAUAUCUUCUUUUCGUUCCAUGCGAUGUUUGCGACAUUGAUAACAAUAGGACAAUGCUUCAUUUAUGAGCGUGCUGAGCAAAGAGUAUCAACAACAGCGCGUAGUUUGCUAUCGCUUUUCUGUGUGGUUGUGAUCAUUCUUGCGAUCCUGGCUGGUACAAAUGUGUUACAUUGGCUUGACUUCUUAUAUGGCUGCAGUUAUGUUAAGUUGACAAUUACCUUGAUCAAAUAUAUACCACAGGCUGUGAUGAACUACAGACGUAAGAGCACAGUGGGCUGGAGUAUAGGAAAUAUUUUAUUAGAUUUCACCGGUGGAAUGCUGAGCAUGCUACAGAUGAUAUUGAAUGGAUACAACUAUGAUGAUUGGGAUUCAAUAUUUGGUGACCCGACCAAGUUUGGACUGGGUUUGUUCUCAGUAUGCUUCGACAUAUUCUUCAUGUUGCAACACUACGUGUUUUAUAGAGCUGACCGUCUCAAAUUAGUUGAGGUUCCAUCUAAUUUAGAAAAACUAUUGGUUGAAUAAGGCAAUUUCAUUGAAAUGCAAAAGAAUGAAAGCAUACUAUAAAAAAAACACUUGGACAUGGCUUAAGAGAAAAGUUAGAGGAGGCGAGAGGGAGGGGACGAAAGUCAUUUUGCAUGCUGCAUUUUAGAGAUAAAAUAAUGCAAAUACUACUACUCAAUCAUUCGAAACUAACUAAAAAUCAUUGCGUAUUUAUAACUGAAGUCAAUAUUAUUAAGUCAUUUACAAAUAGACGAGAGGUGAAAUGCGAAAUUCUCCGGAUGGUGCUUCCCAUUCCGAUAGCAACAGAUAAUUGUUCACUAUAGAUGCUAAUCAAAUGAUCUCAUAUGUCGAACUGAAAACUAUUGCCAUAAAUGUCGAUAAGUAAUGGCGGUUCGGUAAAAGCCCUCGCAAAAUAUACUAUCCACAGAAGUUUUUCACUAUAAAAAUGGCUUUAUAUGUAAACAGAUAAUCUCGAAACUGGCCAUUGCUAAUCGAUAUUACAAAUUCAAUUCGAUAGAUCGAGCGCUCGCAUGCAAAUCUCAAUUUUUACCAUAUUUUUAACUUAUACAUUCAUAUGCAUAUGUUUUCGUAGAUCAUAGAUUUCACGUUUAGUUUUUUCGCAUAUUCAUGUCCAUCUAGUUUGUUUCUAAGUACAAUGCAUACAUAUAUUAUUUAAAUUGGAUUUUUUCCUGCAAAAUACCAAAAUUUGAUCUGAUAAUCUAGAGUUUAAUUGGCAACGUUGACUGGUAAAACUUUCAUCAGAACCAUCGAAAUAAGCAAUAAAAUUUUAACCCCUUAAUCAUUUACUUCUUAUAUCGUUUCAAUUUUCUGUUGUUUUGUUUUUACUCACUUAUGUCCUACAUUUUACUUUUGCUAUUUUCGAA